CAGCCGUAGAUGGCAGCAGACGAAAAUGGCAUCUUCUGUGGACGUGGAAGACGAAACUAUUUUGACCGCUGUUUUUAAGGAUUCUUUUCCAGAAUCAUGGAGGGAAAAUCCAGACUUUGCCCUAUACCUUACAGAACUGAGCUCAUAUGGAGUGGACAAAUUAUCUCGGGAGCCAGAGAGAUUAUCAGAUGACAGGUCGCAGGUUCUCCAGCAGACCCAAGAACUAGCUUUCGAUAACUACAAGACAUUCAUUGAAACGGCUGACUGCUCGAGGGAGAUUGUGGAAGAUUUUGCAGUUGUAGAGCAACACCUGAAUAACCUUUUGGACAAACUACCAGACUUCAGUGAAGGAUGCAAUCAGUUCCUGAAGGAGGCCCAACAGAUCAGCUCGAGCCGGAGAAUGAACUCCCUGACGCUUUCCAAACACACCCAACUUCUAGAGAUCCUUGAAAUACCUCAACUCAUGGAUACCUGCGUGAGGAAUGCUUACUAUGAUGAGGCCUUAGAGCUGGCAGCAUACGUCAAACGGUUGGAGAAGAAGCAUUCUAGUAUACCUGUUAUAAAGAAUAUUGUUGAAGAGGUUCAUUCUUCCAGUCAACUUAUGUUAAACCAGCUAAUCCAGCAGAUGCGUUCAGCCAUCCAGCUUCCUGCAUGCUUGCGUCUGAUUGGCUACCUCCGUCGUAUGGACCUCUUUACGGAGGCGGAGCUUAGGAUCAAAUUUCUCCAGGCCAGGGAUGCCUGGUUCCAGGGCAUACUAUCCGCGAUACCAACGGAUGAUGCUUACCAGCACAUCACAAAAGUGAUCGAAGCAAGUAGAGUCCACCUCUUUGACAUUGUAACCCAGUAUCGUGCCAUCUUUUCCGAUGACGACCCCAUCUUAUCAGCCAGUCACGAUUCUAUCACAAAUGAAGCAGCUCUCUUCCAGGGAUGGGUGGUAGAAAAGGUGUCCCAGUUCCUACACACCCUUGAGGUAGACCUUGAACACGGCAUCGGUAACCGAUUAGACUCUCUACUUGGCCAGUGUAUGUACUUUGGGUUAUCGUUCAGCCGGGUUGGUGCAGACUUCAGAGGCCUCCUAGCUCCUAUCUUCCAGAGAGCGACGCUGCACGGCUUUCUAGCAACUUUGAAAACAGCAUCAGAAAAGUUUGAGCAAGAUAUGCAGUCAUACACACCUGUUGCUUCACAAGCUUUCCUUGCUAUGUCAUCAGUGUCUAUCCCAGGCAACCAGAGUGAUGGAGCCAACAUCCCACCACCAUCCCUUAUGGAGCAUCCUCCUCUAGCAGCCUACACCAAUAGUAUACUAACGGGACUGAACGAUCUAAGGCUGUGUGCUCCUGUAGCUGUCGCACAUCACGUUUCGCAAUCACUGCAGCAAUCGCUGAACACUAUUGUCAAUGCUAUUGUUGCCUUUCAUAGAGCGGAGGAGAGUACAUUUAACCAGCGAGAGCAGGAUCAGUUCAUUUCAUUCUGUGAGGCCGCUAGCAAUCAGAUGGUUCCAUUUCUUAAUAGAUGUCUGAUAUCAUUGUUUCCACUGUCAGUCAUCGCUCAGACCAUUGGCCUAUCUACAAUUGAAUUACAGAAGAUGGGCCAUGUUGGAUCCCUCGACAUUGCCUCUAUCGUCGAGUCCCUACGAAUGCUUAUACCUCAGAAGGAAGAACCAAUCAAAGAUGUGGAAGAGGAGAAAGAGGGAAGGGAAGAGACAAAGAUUGGUGUCAUUCCUGAAGCAGCUGAAGAACAGACAGAGCAAACUGAUCAUGUCAGCGAAGAAGAGACAACGAAGGAAACAGAAGAACCAUCAGAAGAACAAGAUACUGAUACCAUCAAAGAGCCUGAAGAGGAUAAUCCCAGUUCAUGAUAAUGAUGAAUGAAUAAUAAUAAUAUAGGAUUUGUAUAGCGCACAUAUCCACCUUGCUAGGUG